AUGGCUGUGACCGAGGCUGGAUGCGAUUUAACUUACUGCAAAAUGAGGGGAAUUGUUUCUCUUCUCGCUGCUUUCAUUAAAGAGAGGAAGAUGGGCUUGAACGAUUUCAUCCAGAAGCUGGUGUCCACCCCUCAUAUUUGUCAGCACUCAGAGGUUGGCGCCUUCCUGAAGAUUGAUGAGAACCAGAAUGAGGCGACGGAGGAAGAUGGACUUAGGUCACCACAGUUUUGCCUGAGUUCACAGAGGAGCUCCCUGGCUGAGGAGACUCAGAUCAAGCCGUCUGAUUUCGAUUACUUGAAAAUCAUUGGAAAGGGGAGCUUUGGAAAGGUUCUGUUGGCUAGACACAAGGAGAGUGCUCAGUAUUACGCUGUGAAGGUCCUGCAAAAGAAAAUCAUUCUGAAGAAGAAAGAGCAAAAACAUAUCAUGGCUGAACGUAGUGUACUAAUGAAAAACAUCAAACAUCCUUUCCUGGUGGGACUCCACUACUCAUUCCAGACCACAGACAAGCUGUACUUUGUGUUGGACUACGUUAAUGGAGGAGAGUUGUUCUACCACCUCCAACGUGAGAGGGUGUUUUUGGAGCCCCGGGCCAGGUUCUACGCUGCUGAGAUUGCUAGUGCACUUGGCUACCUCCAUUCUCUGCACAUCGUUUACAGAGAUCUCAAGCCAGAGAACAUUCUACUUGACUCUCAGGGUCACAUUGUCCUGACUGACUUUGGCCUCUGCAAAGAGGGUCUGGAACCCAAUGGAACGACCACCACUUUCUGUGGAACUCCUGAGUACUUGGCACCUGAGGUGCUGCAGAAACAGGCCUAUGACCGCACUGUGGACUGGUGGUGCUUGGGAUCUGUGCUCUAUGAGAUGUUGUAUGGACUGCCCCCAUUCUAUAGUCGCAACACAGCAGAGAUGUACAACAACAUCCUUCACAAAUCUCUUGUGCUGAAGCCCAAUGUGUCCAACGCUGGCCGAGAACUCUUAGAGGGUCUGCUGCAAAAGGACCGUACCAAAAGGCUUGGAGCACGGGAUGACUUUCUGGAGCUGAAGUACCACAGCUUCUUCUCACCCAUUAACUGGGAUGACUUGAUGGCCAGGAAGAUCACCCCACCCUUUGUCCCUGCAGUGACGGGACCCACUGAUCUCCGGCACUUUGACCCCGAGUUCACCCACCUCCCUGUGUCUUCGUCCGUGUGCAAUACCGACAACCUGCAUGUAACCAGCAGCAUCCGAGAGGCCGCUGGUGCCUUCCCGGGCUUCUCUUACGGACCCCCAGCCGAUCAUGCCUUCAUGUAG